ACAUAUCCCGCAUGUCUUCACUGCAGCGUGUUUUUGUGUGGACGAGGUGAAACGUACUUCGCUUUGCUUCUAUGUUAGCAGUUAGAGCAGUUACACUCGUCUCUGUGAGCGCCAGUGGUCUUUGAAGAGAGUUGCUUCACAAAUAGUGGACUCAAGAGUGACGCGUGACGUCAAAACACGGCUACCAUACGUCACGGUGCAUCACAACGGCAGCUGGCGGAAUAGUUUCAGCAGCGACUAAUGGAGUUUCCAGAAGAUUUUAACCAGCUCGAGCUUCUUGACACACAUGGACACCUGAUCCCCCGAGGGUCUGGCAGCGUGUGGACUGGAAGCAAGGAUGAUGAAGAGGAGGCAGAGGAGAGGGAGCACAGUGAGGAGUGGUAUCUGGAAAAGGAGGAAGCUCUCAAAGAUGAACCCAACGAGCUCAUUCUGUGGGCAGCGGAAAACAAUCGUCUUGCCACAAUCCGCAGUUUGUUAGCUGAUGAUCCUUUGCUGGUGCACUGCUGUGAUGAAGAUGGUUACACUCCCCUGCACCGUGCAGCAUACAGCGGCCACGUCGAAGUCGUUUCUGCUCUGCUUGCCGGCGGCUCUAAGGUCAACCCCCGCACCAUCGAUGGCUGGACUCCCCUUCACAGCGCUUGCCGCUGGAGCCGCGUUUCUGUGGCGAGUUGUCUCCUGCAGCACGGAGCCGAACUGAACGCCCAGACCAACGGUGGACUCACACCAUUACAUCUCGCUGCUUCCUACACAAGCUUUUCAAAAACAGACUCCAGACACACCUUAGAGCUGCUGCUCUCUCAGCGCCAUCUGAAGCCGGGGCUCCGCAGCAGCAGCGGGGAGACCGCCGGUGAGGUGGCGCGACGUAGUGGGCCCCAUCACUUUAUGUUUGAGAUGGUGGAAGACUAUGUGAAUGUGGUGCCCAUCUCAUGAACAAAAGCAUAGGCCCACACAGGCUUUCACAUUAGCUGUCACUUGAAAAAAUGUAUAAAAAUGGAAUCCUGCACAUUCAUUAAAAUGCUCUUGUAUUCUAGCGUUUGAAGCAGUAUUGAUGUCUUGUUAAUGGUCAGGUUUCCUUUUGAAGCAACAUAAUAAAUGUGAAUGUCAAAUCUCCAAUUCAUCUUCUUUACAAUUAGAUUAAAAGUUUCUUCCCUUUUAUUCUGCAAUAGACCACAGGUUAGAAAAAAAAGGUCUGCCUUAAACCUGAAAUUGCAGGUUUUCUGAGGAGCUGAAAAGAUGCUGUGAUAAGAUUCAAGCUGUGUUUCUGAGUGCCAGUUGUUCAGUGACAUUUAGAUAUUAGAAAUUCAAAGCAUUAUAGAUGAGUAGUUAUUUUAGUAUCUACCUAUUAACUAAAAGCCUUUUUCAACCUUGAAAGGUUUUCUUUGGAGUUGUGUUUAGGGCCUAACUUUUAAACUCAUUAGCCACUUUGUUACUCGAGUAGACUCUGGCACUUUCUGACCCAACCAUCUGUGUGUCAGAGCAGAAAUUGAGACUCAUUUUUUUUAUUUUCUAAUUUCCAGUUAUGGUGAACUUGUUGUGUAGCCUCAGUUUCCUGUUCUUAGCUGACAGAGAUGGCAUCCAGUGUAGUCUUCUGCUGCUAUAGCUCAUCUGCUUUAAGGUUUGACAUGUUUUAAGAGAUGUUUUACUGCAUAUCUUGGUUGUAACUUGUGCUUAUUUGUGAAGAUUAAUACUGAUCUUCUUUUGGCCUCUAACAGUGGAUUCAUGUCUGUGCUUGUACAGCUAAACCUCCGUGCAGUGUUUGAUACUGUUGACAAUAUUUUAUUACAGAAAUUAGAGCUUGCCAUAGAUACUAAAGAUACUGCACUGCUGUGAUUUGAAUCAUAUCUAAUAAACGCCAAUGUGUUAAUGUAAA